AUGGAUGAAAAUAAAGAGUUUAAAGCACUUCACUCAUUGAAUAGGCUUCGUGUUCCAACUAUACUUAAAAUUGCUAAUUCACAAAAUUUGAAUGGUAAAAAUAUUCUUGAAGUUGGAAGUGGUGGUGGUAUUUUAUCUUUUUCUUUGGCAAGACUUGGUGCUUCUGUUACAGGUGUAGAUGCUUGUAAAGAAAGUGUCACUUCUGCAACAAAUUCUGCCCAAAAAAUAUUAAAUGAUAACAUUAGAAAGCGUGUAAAUUUUAUACAUAACACAAUUGAAGAAUUUUCAAAAGAAGUAAUUGAACAUGUACCAAAUGUAGAAGAUUUUGUUACCAAAUGUUCUGGUCUCUUAAAAAAUAAUGGGUCAAUAUUUUUUUCAACAAUUAACAAAACAUUUUUAUCAAAAAUUUUAGCUAUAGAAAUGGCUGAGAAUAUUAUUGGAAUUGUUCCAGAAGGUGUUCAUGAUUGGGAAAAAUUUGUUGAUCCUAAUUAUUUAACAGAUAUUUUAUAUAAAAAUAAUAUUAAAACAACUUUAUGUAAUGGUGUUGCUUAUAAUCCAUUAACAAAUGAUUGGUUUUGGAUUAAUAAUACUAAUAUAAAUUAUUUUUUAAUUGGAAAAAAAGCUUUAGCGUAA